AUGGACAUGUCCAGCCAUCUUCUGGCUGCUCUCAACCUGCCCCCAAUCCGCGACGUUCCUCCCUACCCUUCCGGGUCCGACUCUCAGCCGAGAGAUCGUCCGGCGCCGCUCGAACCAUCCACGAGUCAAGAUGCGUACAGCUCUCCACAAUACCAACAGGGUCGGCGAGAACCGAAUCAGCAACAGCAACAACAGUCACAGACAUCUCAGCAGCAGCAGCAGCAACAACAGCAGCAGCAGCAGCAUCAACAGCAACAGCAGCAUCAACAGCAUAAUCCACAACAACAGCAGCAGUCUUCCCCGACAGACGUGCCGAAAGAACCUUCACAACGUCAAGAUGCGCAGGAUGGGCUUGAGGAAUCCAUAACUUUAACAGCGCGAAUGAAACCUCAACCUGCACCCAUGGCCCCAUCAAUGGAUAUCGACACAGUAAAGAGCGAGAAAGAGAAUGCGGCGGCGGCGGAGAACCGCCAAGACCAUAAUGCAACUCCAUCAGGAAGCCGGUCGUAUCCAGCGCUUCUACCAUCCGCACUGGCGACAACCGAGGGUCAGUCGUCCAAAGGAGCAACAACACCUAAUAGACCCACCUCUUCGUCGGUCGGAGGGAAAAGCUCAAAUCGAAGGGCAAGAAGGAAAUGGACAGAGGAGGAAACUAAUGAUUUGAUCAAAGGAUGUCAUAUUCACGGUGUUGGUAAUUGGAAAAAAGUUCUCGACGAUGCUCAGUUUCACUUUAACGGUCGUUCAUCUGUAGACUUGAAAGACAGGUUUCGCACGUGUUUCCCAAAAGAAUAUAAAAAAGCGAAUGCACGUGGGUCAGGAGAAGAGUCUGAUACAGGUUCACAGUCACGACCUGCUGCUACUCCAGUCGAACCGGUUGCGGUUUCUCCGGUAGCACCCAGAACUCCAAAGGCACCAGACAGUGAUAAGGGAAAAAGGAAAGCUACGAGGACAGAGCUUCACCAUGCCCAGGUUCUAGAGAAACUUGGAAUUCCAAAGAGUUUUCCGAAAGUACAGCGUCGUGAAAGGAGAGAAUUUACACAAGAAGAAGAUUCGCGUCUUCUUCAAGGAUUCCAAAUUCACGGAGCUUCUUGGUCAAAGAUACAAAAUGAUCCACAGUUGAACUUAAAUCACCGUCGGGGCACAGAUCUUCGUGAUCGGUUCCGAAAUGCAUUUCCAGAAAGAUAUGAAUCGGCCGGCUUCAAAGCUCGCCCCCGUCAGAGACCCAAACCUCCACGUUCUUCCGGUGAAACUAAGGAAGGUGAGGAGGAGGAGUCGAGCCAGGAUGGCUCUUCCAAGGGAAAUAUCAACGUCAAUAACAACAACAAUCCUCAUACCAAUGCCAACGCCAAUAACCAUAACAACAACGCCAGUACCACGGACUUGCUCAUGCAAAGUCUUCUAGCCGGUUGGGGCAACAGUCAAGAUGCUGUCAUGCCUUCGUCUGAUCAAUCACCUGCACCUGGGUCAUUGGCAUUGGAUCCAGCACUUAAUGAAGGAUUCGCAGGCGCCUCUCUUGAACAAAUUACUGAUGACUUCUUAGCAGUUGCUCAGGGGGGCCCGAAAGAGGGUAGCCAGAAUCCUGAACCUGAAGGGCCGCACGAUAAUAUGGUUAGAUGGGAAGAUAUGGCUACGCAUCAAAUUUUUGAUCUUGAUCCUUCCAUCGCAUCUACACAGGGACCUGCGCCAGUAGCACCAGUAGCACCAGUAGCACCAGUAGCACCAGUUGCUCCAGUUACAGUUACCCAAGUUGCCUCGAUCGCUCCCAUCGCUCCCGUGGCUCCCGUGGCCCCGGUUGCUCCUGUGGCCCCGGUUGCUCCCGUUGCUCCCGUUGCUCCAGUGGCUCCGGUAGAAACCCUCACUUCAGUCAGUGAAGAGAAGAAGAAUGCUUCUCCCGUUCACGAUGCCACCCCAAAUUCUGAGGGAACGGGAAGAAAAAGGUCACCGGAGGAAGGGCCCUCAUCAAUGGAUGUUGGCGCAAGUGCAAAGAAGCGUCGUACUGGAGAUGAUCCUACGUCUACGGGCACUGAAUAG